AUGGCAUCUCAGUCGGGAUUUAGCCUUCAUGUCACGAUCUACAUUGACCCGGCCAAUGUGCCCAAGUUCUUUGAACAUUUUAAGCCAGUCUACGAGGCUGUGAGUGCGGAGCCCGAGUGUCGCUUCUUCGAGCUGUAUCAGUCCCCGGAGGACCCUGGAACUCUGAGCUGGGUUGAAGACUGGACGAUGAGCCUUCCGGAGUUCAUGGAGAAACAAAUGACCAAGGAAUACUACAAGGAAUAUUUCGCUGCGACCGACCCUAUGUUCUUGAAGCCCAGAGAGUUCAAGAUACUUAACAGGGUGGGGGCGCCUUACUUCAUGGCCAAGGACCAGUAG